UAAUCCUUUUUUUGUAUAUAAUGCUGCAGAUUUUGCAAGUCCGCCUUCUUUUCCAAGUUCCAUCGGUCCGACAUUUGCUUCGCCCCGAACAAAACCCUAAAAUUACUUUCCGACGAAACCUUCGUUAAAUUUCACAGAACGUUGAUCGGAUACAAUCAUGGCUGCUAAGAUUCUUGCAAAUUUGAUUGUAAUGGGCUCUGGAAUCUUGAUUAGGGGAAUGGUUCAAGCAUAUCGUCAGGCUCUCCAAAAUGCCUCAAAGUCAGGGGUUGCUCAAGAAACAUUACAGAAUGCUGUGCGAAGAGGAAGCAAAGCUAUGACUGAACAAGAAGCGAGACAAAUUCUUGGUGUGACUGAACAAUCAUCUUGGGAGGAGAUUGCACAGAAAUAUGAUAAUCUAUUUGAGAGAAAUGCGAAGAAUGGGAGUUUUUAUUUGCAGUCAAAGGUUCACAGGGCCAAGGAGUGUUUGGAGACGGUUUAUCAACCGAAAGAUCAUCCAGGUGAUCCCGUUGGUUGACCGUUUGACUUUUUUUUUUUUAACUAAAAAGAUAUUUUAAACAUUUGUAUAUUUGUAGUCUGAUAAAUUUUUUGAAGAUGGAUUUUUGUAUUCUUGAGUUGUGUUUUCAUAUGCUGUUAUCAGCCAUGGAUUUAUCAUAUUGAGUAUGAAUAAAUACACGGGUAUUGUUAAAGAA